UAACGAACGACGCUGUCUUGGCUGCAGAGUCUCUGCUGCGCUAGUAUUUACCGUUUCUGGACUUUUGCAGUUACACACUUUUGGAUUUUGUAUUGCGGAAACACAGGGACACACUCCAGUGAGUGAAUGGACAUACACGACUGUCAAUGCUAACACAUAGACUGUUAUUCAGUAGCUGAAGCGGUGGUACUCUUCAGAACACUUGCUCUACAGCCCCUGACAGUGUAUAGGCACAGCCAUCCAGUUGUUGGACAAACUACUCUCUCACAGGGCACACACUCGUGUAUAUACUAGUGAAUACUCCACAUUAAGGCAGUGCCUGUCUUGAGUUUGUGUGUGUUCCAGCAAAUAUACCCCAGAGCUUAUCACAAGAAGAACGGACAAAGACCAGUUGAAAGAGCAGCUAGUGAACUGCGAUAGUAGCCAGUGAUUGAAUUGUUUCUUGAGUGGCUGAUCAAGAGUCUUGAGGGAGGCUAGCAAUUGUGUUUGGAGAUCAUAUUUCAGCUGAGCAGCAGCAGAUAUUAGGUUUCUUUCAAAACCUGCACACUCCAUUGAACAGAUAGUGUGGCAGGAACACUCAACAAGAUGGACAAGCACACUUCUGUCCACUGCAUAGCCAGAUGGCUAACACUGGCUCUGCUUCUCUCACCCCUGGCCUCCCAGGGAGAUAUCCUAGAAGAAGUGUGUCCCGCAGGCAGAGCUGUUAUGUUUACAAAUGCAACACAGGGAGUCAAUCCGUCAUAUGAUGGUGGUGCUAUUGAUCCCUGGGUCUCUCUGGCCAGGGACUUUGUCAAUGCAGUCAAGAAAGAGAAUCUUCCAUACGAUGUGAUAGAAGAGGCGGUGGAGGAAGGAGGGUUUGCCUGUGAUGUAGGGACUAGACAAAAGGACAUGUGUGUCAACCACACUUCUUCCUCCUUCCCUGUUGGCCAGACCUUCGCUGGGUUUCUGGACUGGUGGACACCCAUACUGGCAGUUGCGUGUGUGGGCGUGGCAGUGGGUGUGGCUUUCCUGGUGGCGGGCUGUGUGGUGUGUGGGUGUCGAUGCUGUGGUAACUGUGGAGGAGGCUACUCCAUGAAACAGAGUCACGACAGAACCAUGUUCUCCUGUACACUCCUUCUACUCCUCUUCACUCUGGCACUCCUGGCAGGAGUGGUACUGACUCUGCACAGUAACCAACAGACCUUUGACAGUCUGGACUCCAUACAAGACUCGGUCAACAGAGCUACUGACUAUGGAGUCGAGUACGCCGAGCGUCUCAUCAAUGACGGUAUUGCCCUGUUCUGUCUUGUGGUGGACAUAGUUCGCCUCUCACUUGAACAACUGGAUGACCUCGGAUCAGCUCUGGGAGUUGUGUUGAGUGCCAUAGCCGCCGGAGUGGAGACCUUUCUGCAACUGCUUGAGGCAAAUGUUGAUGCUAUUGAGGCCAGUGGAGGUGUUCUGGUUAGGAUUGUGUCUUCCAGCACUCUGCUGGACUCCAGACAACGAGCGCUCCAUGCAGCUCUCGAGGAUGUAGCUGACCUUGCGAACUCUGUGCUGGUUGAGUGUGAGGGGACUCCGGGUGCUGAUUGCGAGGGGCUACCCCAUGGAAGUAUAUUUGUCAGCACCGCCAACUACUCACUGGUGGAGGACAUGACUGGUGUAAGUUCCAUGGUCAACCAGACAUUAGAUGAGGUGGACUUUCGCCAAGAGGUCAGCCAGGGUCGCAGUAAUUUCAGUGAAAACAUGCAAAUGAUACAGCAGAAUAUCACAAUGCAUAUGAAUCAAUCAGAGAUGGAGCUGGAGAGAUUGAAUGAGACAGUAAUGGAGCAGAGAGACAACAUCACCAACUCUACAAGAGAGGUAAUCCGUCGUGAUGUGGAUGAGUGCUCAGACUAUAGUUCCCUCCUGGGAGGAGAAGAGGGGGGAGGGGCUGUGGACCUCAAUGCCGGCUACAUACAACACUGCAUCGUGGACCAAGGCUUUGAGAAAAUCCACGAAUACGACCUCUACAGGUAUUCAUUUGGGGUGGGUGUGGCCUGUCUGUCCCUGGUGGUGGUGAUUCUGGUGCUGGUGGGGAUGGUGCUGGGCGUGGUCGGAUGGAGACCAAAGAAACAGCCAUUUGACAGGACCCGAGUGUCACACUGCGGGGGGAGGUUCCUCCUCGUGGCAGUGGGAGUGGCCUUUGUGUUUGGUUGCCUAGUGAUGAUAAUGGCUGCCUUUGGCUUCUUCUUUGGUUCCAAUGCUCAGAAGGUGUGCCAGUCUCUGGAAGGUCCUGACUACGAGGGAUUUGAAAAUACUUUGGACAAUGAAGAGCUGUGGGGAGGUUCUCUGCUAGGAAAGGUUGUAUUUGACGAUCCUCGGAAGACUCUAUCAUUCUCUCAGCUUCUCAGGAACUGUGAAGCAGACUAUGCUCUCUAUCGAGCCAUGAAUCUCAGCUUCUUAUUCAACAUCAGGAACGACAUCAUCAACUUCACAGAGGUUACAGAGAACCUGAGCGAGGAGAUCCUGGGAGCAGCACAGAGUGUCCAGCUCUCAUCUGACAGCUUCUUCUCCUCCGAGGGUCUGCAGGGACUCCGUGAACUCAACCUUCUCUUCUCAAACAUCAACAUACAACCAUUACAGGAUGAGUUGAAUAGCUCUGUCCCCACUCUGGGGUUCAGUCCUGAUGACGUGGUUCACAAUCUGACCGUCUACAAGGACACCACGGCCAACAGCACCACAAGGGACCAAGUGGAUAUGCUGGUCUCGCAAAUUGAGGGUGUCUCAGACGUGGCUCGUGAAAUUGAUACAAUUGCUGCAUCGCUACUGCACGAUGUCAUUAUUCAGCACAGAGCUAUGACUACUACGUCAGCCCUGGUGGAGCAGUCUACUGACCUCAUUGAUUACAUCACUGGAGAUGGCCUGGCUCAACUACUCAAAAAAACCAGCACAGAGACUUUCAUCACCAUAGCUGGUUAUAUUGAUGACUUCAUUGAGGACCUGGCUAAUGGGCUGAACAGCAGUAUUGGACUGUGUCGACCUCUCUGGGGCAUCUAUACAGAUCUCUACAUCUCAGUGUGCUACGAAGCAAUAGACGGACUGAGUGGGUUCUGGUGGUCAGUGGGUUUCUGCGGAGGCAUGUUCAUCCCCAUCAUCGUCCUCUCUGUGGUUCUCUCCACGUGCUACAUGAAACAGCAGAACAACACAGCAGCCUAUUUCAUGGACGACCCCUAUGCUGAUUACCUCAUGGACGACUCAUCAAAGCGUAACUCUGCAGUGAGUGUCAAGGACAAUAACUUUUACCCUCACACAGAAGAUCAGCGAGACGCGAUGGAGCGGGAAGAGAGAGAGGGCCAGAGGGAGAGAGGAGGCCAGGGAGUAAGAGAAGGCAAGGAGGACAGAGAAAGCCAAGAGGACAGAGAAGGCCAGGAAGAGAGAGAAACCCACGAAGACAGAGAGGGUAAAGAGGAAGGAGCCACUAAAAGCAGCAUCCCAGAAGGCAUGUCCAAGAACCAGUGGAAGAAGAUGCAAAGAAGGAAAAGAUACGAUGAAGGAAGACAAGAAUGGAGAAAAAGGCAGCAAGAGAAAGAGAAGGAGAAGAAGCGAAAGAGGAGGGAGCAGGGAAUUGUCAGAGAUCCCCCUCCAAAGAAGCAGAAGAUGAGUGAUACAACUGCCAGCACCAUAUGUGUGGCCAUUGAACUGGGCUACCAGGACCUCAUGACUGACGAGGAUAUCCGCAGUCUUAUGAAGCAGUGUCAGAGGUGCUAUGCAGCCAAUAGAAGAGCAGCAUCUCCACUUCAGAAGAUGGAGGAGACUGUUGGAGGCCAUGUCAGAUGGGAUGUAAACUUCAGGUCUGGUGACUAUGUGGAAGAGUUUGGUACUGAGAGUGUUGUAUUCUUAGCUGCCGAGUCUCCCAAUGUUGUCACUGACCUAGCUACAGACAAGGUGUAUGUUAUAGGAGGUCUGGUGGACCACAAUCAUCAUAAGGGUCAUUGCUACCAGAGUGCACUGUCUAAAGGAGUGGCUCAUGCUCAGUUGCCUAUAUCAGAACACAUUGAACUCAAGUCCAGGAGAGUGUUAACUGUCAAUCACGUGUUUGAGAUCUUGGUGGAGUUUGUUCAGCACAAGGACUGGAAACUGGCACUCCAGCAAGUCAUUCCAUCCAGAAAAAUAGCAAGCAGUGGUUGUAGUCCACCUCACCUGUCACCCAGUCUGACCUCUGACCCCACACCACCUCAUCUGUCACCCAAUCCUGUUCAUCCCACACCACCUCACUUGACCCAUAGUCUUCCUACUCCAACUCAUACCAUUCCACCCCACUCCAACACCCCACUCCAUCCUACUUCACUCUCAAUCAGUUCACCUGACUCCCUGCACUGAUAAUGGUUCAAUUCACCACACGUAUGCCCA